GCCCGGUGACUUGGCUGUAUACCCUCGGCUGAUGCGUUGCUAUAACCACUAGCUUUCCCGCCCGAUAGCGCACAGUGAUAAGGGAGGAUUCGGAUGUUUGCAGUGACUGCCUGCCUUCGAUCCCAAAGCAGCAGUAGCAGUAACAACACACAGCAAGUUGCUGUACUGGGCUGUACGCGCCUCGAAAGCUACAAGUAACCCCACCGCGUCGCAACCUCGCACCUCUGAGUUGAUCCAUACUCCCUGCAGCAAGAAUCACCCUCACUAUGAAUCCGGCUGAUAAAGACGAAAUAUGGCGAAGACUAGCCAACGAGAAGGCCAGAGGGGCCGAGUACGACUCCAAUGAACGUCGUCCGUUUUCCGAAUGCCUACCGGGCACACGCAUCGAACUCCUGAACACGCUCGAUGAUGCAUUGUCACAAGAAGAGCCCAGCCAUGUUUGGCUCUUUGGAGGCCCAGGCUCCGGGAAAUCGAGCGUUGCUCACGCCAUCGCGGAACGUCUCCGUGCCAAGGACCAGCUUGCGGCGACCUUCUUCUUUUCGCGGAAACACGUCUCUAGAAGCAACGCCGAUCACGUCCUUCCCGCUAUUGCCUACCAAGUUGGUCUCAUUCAUCACCGUGCUAAGGAGGCCAUCGUCAAGGCCAUUAGAGACGAUCCCGAACUGCUCUCUCCCGAGAAAUCCCGUCGCACGCAGUUCGACAGCCUUGUCGCUACGCCUCUACGCGAGCUUCAGCUUGUGUGGAAGACAAAACGUGCAAUGAUCUUUGACGCGGCAGACGAAGGUGUGACAGGCAAUGCCGCUCGCCUCAAGGACCUUGUCUGCAUGUUCGCCGAGCUUGUCCGCGAUUCUACCGUCCCUAUUUCCGCAAUCCUCUUCACUAGUCGUCCUCUUCCCAGCCUCGAAUCUCUUGCGACACACGCCAACUUAUCUAAUAUUACCAUCCCUCUCCGCAUCGAAUCCUUCGACGCAUCCCGUGAUGUUGAGAUUUUCCUCCGCCACUCCUUCCGAGACAUCUACGAGAUGCGAGACAUCGAGUUCGUCCACACCUGGCCAUGGCCCCCCGAAUUCAUCCUUGCGGCGUUACUAAGCCAAGUAAGGGGCCAGUUCAUCGUCGCCGCAACAAUCAGCAGACUCGUCUGCGAUGCAUCAGACCCAAAUAGCGCCAUCAAUGUCGUCUCCAGUCUCUAUUCUGGGAACGUCACUAUGCUUGAUCUUGAUCUGGGAAACAUCGAUACGGUCUAUCGUUAUAUCCUUUCCGAUUGCGAGCUUCACACCCGCCGCACCGCAGUCGAAUGUCUAUCCGACAUCAUCGCCCUUGCUGAGCCGCUGUCCUUACUCGACGUAUGUAAGCUGCGCGCUGAAGACGUACGCAAGUGCAUCACACACCUUUCAGCGGUCAUGCAGAUCCCAUCACUGGAUUCCUCUGCGACAGUUCAGAUAUAUCAUACGUCGCUGCGCGAUUACCUUUGGGAUAGUACUCGCUCGAGAGAACAUCAUGUCGAUCCUGCCGAGUCACACCGGCGUCUUGUCUCCUCGUGCUUGCGACUCAUGCAGCGAGAGCUGAAGAAGGACAUAUGCGGUCUCGGCGACCCGUCGAAGCUACACUCAGAGAUAGAGGAUUUCGAGCGCAGACGCGACACAUCAAUCUCUGGAGCUCUUCGUUAUGCGUGCCUCUACUGGGCAUAUCACCUUGAAAGGGGCGGUCAGGACGUCGAAAUCCAAACCCUCGUUCUUUAUUUUCUACAGAAGCAGCUACUUUUCUUUCUUGAAGCGUCGUCGAUUAUGGGCUGUCUGCACCCAGCUGCCGCGUGUCUCCUUGAUGCUCGGCUUGUCAUCUUGGGAUGGCGUGCGUUUGAUGGUCAGACGGUGGCACUGCAGCUACUUUACGACGGCUGGCGCCUUUUACUACAGUUCUUUGAGCCUAUACGCGAUUCGGCACUCCACGUUUACGAGUCUGCUUUGCCCCUAUGUCCGCUCAAUACUCAGCUUCGGACUCAUUAUCAAGAAAUCUGUCUGGAGGUUGUGAUGUCUGUCGACUCUGGUCUGGAUACCGAAUGGGAUGCUGUUAUACGAACGCACAAGUAUGACUCGCUCACGGCAUUCACCAUCUCACCUGACGGCCGUAGAUUGGCUACUCUGUCGAAAACAGAAUUACGGCUCUGGGACACCGUUACAGGUGCCUUUGUUGCCUCCCCUGGUCCUAUGCUCGUCCCAACUGAAGUCAGAUUCUCGCACGAUGGAUCCAUGCUCGCAUGUCGCUAUUGGAAUGGUCGUCUGUGCUUGUGGUAUCCGCAUACAAACUCUGUUGUAGAGCUACUCGCAGAACAAUACAGCUCGACUCAACAUUGGACAUACACUGUCUCCCAAGAUCAUUGUGCACUUGCUCCCGAUGACUCGUUGAUCGCGUCCGGUAUUAUUGAGUCCGAACUAUCUCCUACCACUCUUCAGGUCCCCCUUUAUUGCAGACCUGAAGGAAAAUCACUCCUCAUCUAUCUUGCCAGUCGGAGAGCAGAAAGCGAGAUCUGGCAAGUGCGUGGUCGCUUCGUCUUCCCCAACCCAGAAGUUACGCAGUUGGCGGUGUCUCGCGACGGAUUCGUCAUGAUCAUUACAAACGAGACGAUUGAUAUCCUCGACUCCAUAUCGCUUACUAUAUGUCGACACCUUGCUAUGGAACUACCCUUGUUUGGCUUUGGCUACUGGCAUUGUUUCAAUUAUUCCGGAGACGCCUUGCUACACAUAGAUGGGUUAAAAUGGUCUCCCGAAAAUUCGAUUCUUUCAACACUUCUCGAUCACGACUCUGGCGGACGAAAUAAUCCCACGUUACAAGUCGUGGAAGACGCACAGCCCCUAAGUUUUUAUCUGGGAGAUGGCGGGACUAUGGUCGGGGCUGUAUUAGGCGAUUAUAUCUAUACUCGUCACAGACAGGUCCAUCGAUUCUCGUGGUCGGGCCAUGCGCAUUUUCUCUCAUCGUUCAAUGCAUGGAGGGGCCAGGAGAUUCAUAUUAUCGACCUUUCUAUGUUACUUGAUGCCCCCUCAGUAACACCACACCCGAAUACCCCGCAUAACAACGCCAUGCAGACUGUCGGCUCCUUUGAAGCAUUUCAUCUCCUAUGCAGUCGCCCAGACAAGAAGGAGGCAAUUCUUGCAGGAUUGGAUUCAACCCAGCCGGCCAUCUUGCAUACUACCGUGUUGCUCAAUGGGUGGAAAGUAACCAUUCUUACCGGCGCUAUCUUUGGGGCUCCUGAGAAAAUUUCUGUGUCAUAUAACAUGGACAUGCUCUCGCACUUUGAUGACAAAACGGGGAUCAUACAUAUCUAUGACCUCGAGACACACCAGGUUUUCAAUGUUGCACUAGAGAAACUCCUUAUCAAGACGUCUUUUGAUCUGGUACUCGAGAAGCGGUCGAUUGGUGGGAGCGGUUGA